AUGAAGGACUUAGAGAUUCAAGAUUAUUUCCUCAAAAUAAUUGAAGAAGACAAAAAUAUGUCAAAUGGAAUUGCCGCUAUCAAAACUUUAUUGUUGGUGCUGGAAAGAACAAAUUUUACGACAAUCCAGGAAUUGGUAAAUACAAUUAAAUCAGCAGUUUCAUCGCUUAAAAAUAGUGGAAAACCAGUCACAUCAGUUUGUUCUGCUAGUGAACUUUUCAUUUGUUUCAUUACGUUAGCAUCACCAAAGCUUGAAGACAAAACAAUGGACGAAGUUAAGACAAUCAUGCUAAAUAGAGGCCAAACUUUUCUAAAGAAACUAGAAGAAGGACGUCACGUUAUUGCAAAACAUGCAAUGCCUUUCAUUACUGAUGGAUGUAGAAUUUUGACUCAUUCAAGAUCAAGAGUUAUUUUGGAGACUCUUAAAUUAGCAGCACGACAAAAUAAACACUUCCAUGUAUUUGUAACGACGAGUUCACUUGACAACGAAGGAGCGAAGAUGGUUGAAGAGCUUAAAAACUCCAACAUUGAAUGUACACUUAUUCUCGAUGCAGCCGUAGGCUAUGUGAUGGAGAGUAUAGACUUUGUCAUGGUCGGUGCUGAAGGUGUAAUGGAAUCAGGUGGAAUAAUUAAUAGAAUUGGCACUUAUACAAUGGCUCUCUGUGCUAAAGAGAUGAAAAAACCAUUUUACGUGCUCACUGAAAGCUUUAAAUUUUCACGACUUUACCCACUCAAUCAACGUGAUCUUCCAAACAGCUACAAAUAUCCUAAAAACAGUGAAAUACGUGAUGACUUCAAAAAGAUUCAUCCACUUGUCGAUUAUACGCCUCCACUGAAAAUUACGCUUAUCUUUACUGAUCUGGGUAUCCUUACACCAUCUGCUGUUAGUGACGAAUUAAUUAAAUUGUAUUAA